CCACUCGAGACGUCAUUAUCACGGCUGAGUGCUGAGAUGAGUAACAAGAAAUCGUGGGGCCACAGUAGUGGCAGACCCUUAUUCUGUCACAGCCCGCUGGAUCGUACAGAGAAUUCGAUACGCCUGGUCAGAGUGUUGUCCGAUCUCAGCACUGACGGACUAGUUCGGUGCAGUAUACAUCAUGCGAGGUUGUCGCCAGGUGCAGCAGACGGCGUGACGGAUAUCACGGGCGUUCCGCGACUUCACGCUCAAUGUGGUAGCGAGCCAACGCCCUACGCCUGCUUGUCCUAUACCUGGGGCAGCCCAGGAGAUGAAACCGGUAUACUACUGAAUGGAAACUUCAUUUUGGUGCGCAAAAAUCUCAGCGCAUUCUUGGAUAUUGCCAGGUCACAGCUUGGCUAUUGUUUUCUCUGGAUUGAUGCACUCUGUAUCGAUCAAGCCAAUGCAGCAGAGAGAGACCAUCAGGUGCAGCAGAUGGGUACUAUUUUUGCCAAAGCGAAGAUGCUCAUAACGUGGCUGGGAUGUGAACCAGGUUUGCAACGACUUUUGCACCUUCUUGGACAGGAACAUGGCCAGACAGAGUGGACGAUCUGCAAAGACUUCUAUCAGCGCGAGCAUCGCAGGACUACUGUACAGCAUUACGUUUCAUUGACGUCUGGCUUGCCUGCAACCGUUACACCAACCGAAUCACUACAGAAAGAAGAACUGUUCGCGUUGUAUGUCGGUCUUGUCGAUCAUGGAUAUUGGAGACGAGCCUGGGUCACCCAAGAAAUCAUGUUGGCUAAAGCUAUGUUUACCGUCGCAGGUAACGCAAUAAUCGACUACCCAUCGCUCGUCGAUGCCACUCGAGCCUUCGCUCACGUCCACCCGCAAAGUCAUUUCGAGCAAUUUGCGCGGCUUAUGCUGGUGCAGAGGAACUACUUCAAGCACAAAGAGUUGGCAACAGGAAGAGUGAUGAUCAGUGACAGUUGGAUGAACAAUUGGGGACUCAUCAACUUGUUGCAUCACUUCGAAGACAAAUGCUGCACCAUCAGGCGAGACAUGGUCUAUUCAGUCUUGUCGCUAUCUCGCGAGGCUGAGGCACUCAAGGUCAAUUAUCAGUCACCAACGUCGGAGGUCAUGUGGCAGGUAAUGAAUAUAUGCAAAGACUCAGUGUGCCUCUGCACGGCGGCAGUCCUUGUUCGAGCUUUAGGACCAGGUUCAUUUGAUGAUAUGGAACCUCGACUACAGUCCCGUCUCCCUUUUGUACACGUCGCAAUGCUGGGACACAGACCUGAACACGCGAGCUCUCUUGCAAGAUGUCCCUUUUGUGACAAUGGACUCCAAAUUGCUGAGCGCUCAGGAGUUGAGCAGAUAUUCUGCCUGUUAUCAGCCUGUAAAGACUCAGAGGGUCACAUUUACCAGGAGCGCACUAUGGAUGGCCGUCAAUUUCUAUCGCUAGAAUCGUCCAGUGAGCGCACACCAAGAUCUCUGGGUAACAUCGGUGAGGACAUUGAAGUUACACAUGACAAUAGCAGUCACGUCCACCUGUUGAAAAUCUCGUUACCUUCCUUGCUGAGAAUUGUCGGAGGAUCACAGUGGGGCCGCACACUCAAACAGCGAUUUUGCGGAAAUCUGUGGCCACACAGAGACACUCCGACCCUAGAGCGGCUCAGUCUUUGCACUUCAUAGCAAGACCCUCAUAUUACCGGAUCGGGUUCAAUGCCCUACAGUAGUUUGCGAUGGUUCUCUUGGCGUGAAUCCUGACUCCAAAAGAGCGGGUACUGGUUCAAUUUGCUCCGGUGCUGGCUCCAUCGGCUGCAUCGUUCCGCCCAGUACCUCAAUCUGCACGGCCGAACACCAUUCACGACAAAACAAUUAGAACUCUACGAUUAACUGCGCGUUGUGACACCCAAACUCAUCUCCCUACACAUUUCAACACUCUCAAGA